AUGGCUACUAUUGUAAAAACAACCCAAACAAUCCAGUCAUUACACUCGAAUCCCCCAAAGUUAGAUGCCCCACCGGACAUCAUUACCAAUCGCACAAUUGCUCAACAUGUUCCAUCCCGGAAAUCAGUUUUUGCUACAGUCCAGACGAUCCUCUUAUUAUUUGACGGCCGAGAUAAGGCCUUGAAAACCAUACAAUAUACCUUUAAAGUCUUGAUACACCACAAUGUUCUCCACUCAAAAUUAUGGCCAACAAUGACUAGUAAACUAUCCUUGACACGACGAGUAUUGCGUCUUGGUACUGCACUAGGACCGAUCCGUAUUCUUACUGCAAGUCUAGUACCACCCACUCAGAACCUUCUGUUACUCAACACAAUUACCAACAACCUAGCUGACGAUGUAGUUUGCUUCUACAAACUUAGUUUAAUCAACCCAGUGCUUGGAAAACAAGCUCAGAAAACAGCGCAUUAUUGCUGGUUUAUUAGCAUCAUAGCCGACCUUAAAUCGGCUUGCUCAGCAUUGUGGCGAUUGCAGCCUAUUUCACAUGACCAGGAUAGAUCAUAUAAAAAUCAUCAGGAUGAUGUAUGGAUGGCCAGUGUUUCAAUCGUUAAAUUAGUGGCUGAUGGCGUCUUUUGUGCAUGCGACAUUUGGCAGCCGUCUUUCUCUGGAACAGCGCAGGCGUGGAGUGGCUUGAUUAGUUCUGUACUAGCUGGCUAUAAGUUAUGGCACAAAUCAUCGACCACAUAG